AUGGCGUUUAGCUUUGGUGGAACUCCAGCAUCGACGCCGGCUUCCGCCUUCAAUUUUGGAGCAGCCAGCACACCAGCAACCCCUCAGUUUGGAGCAUCAAAUCCUGUAUUCGGAGCAGGCACACCAGGUCUUUUUGGUGCCUCUUCUUCGGCUUUCAAUUUUGCCAGCGCAAGCGCACCUCUGCAGAGCCAGCCCGUAGCAAACUCGUCGCUGUUUUCUGGCUUCAGCACUCCGGCCUUUGGCGGAGCCGCGUCCACACCAGCGUUUGGGGCAGCCAGCAGCUCAGCCUUCGGUUUUGGGGGAAUGAGCGGUGCAGCUUUUGGAGGUCCAGCAGCGGCUAGCGCAGCCCCUUUCAGCUUCAGCAAUGCAGGCUCCGCCCCAUUCGCCGCUCCCGCCAGCGCACCAUCCCCCUUUGGCGGCUUUGGUGGAGCUGCCCCCAGUCAGUUCGGGGGCUCCAACCUCUUUGGCGCCCAGCCGACGCAGCAGCCACAAACACAAAUGGCUCCCGCAACGUUCGCCUCAGGGCUGCCACCGCAGCCGGACCUGGCGGCCAUAAAGGAGCUGGAGGCGAUCAGGGAGGCCUACACAGCAGCGCCAGGGAACACGCGGUACAGGUUCCAUCACCUGUUCCUCAACGUGGUUGACAACCCCGCAGCCUGCCAGAAACCUCCCGGGGUGGAUGAGCUGAGGUGGCGCGAAGCCAUGCAGCGCGCUGGCGGCCCCGGCAAUGCGCAGCACCUGUGGCCGGUGCUCGCGCACGGCACCAAAGACCUCCUCGCCCGCAAGGACGCCCAGGAUGCCGCGAUCCGGGAGCACACAGAAAGGCUGUCUGCAGCGGCCCAGGCAGCGCGGCAGCUGGUCAGGAAACAGGACACCGUGCUCAAAGAGCGCGUGGAGCAGGUGAGGAAGAACCACAGGGAGUUGAGCCUGCAGCUGUUGCGGGUGAUGAGGAGGGUGGAUCUUUUGGAGGGGCGAUUCGCGUCAGCAAUGGGCUUCUGGUCCUCGCAGCAGAAGGGCGCUGCCGCUGAGCUGGCGCGCCAGCUGUCCCACCUGGAGGCCCAGGUGGCGCCAGGCGCCUCAGGUGGAUUGGAGCAGCGGGUGGAGGCCUUGGCGGCAGGUGCGCGCAUGCAGGCUGGCGGGAAGGCUGGGUCAGGGGCAGAGCUGGCAGGGCUGGAGGCGCGGUUAGAUCCAGCCAGCCUCGAGCAGGUGUUUACGGUCCUGAAGGGACAUGCAGAUGCGUUGGCAAAGCUACAGGAUGUGUUGCGGCGCGAUGAUCGGGAUCUAGCGAUCCUCAGCCAAGCAAAGACCGACUCUGACAGCGCCAUGGACAUGACACUUGUUCCCACAUAUUUGUAG